UGAGGACGAAUGUCAAAUAAUCGUAACGAGGAUGUGACCAGUCGGUGACAUAAUGUCGCAGCUUCUAUGAAACGAGACAUGCGAAAAGCCACUAUCAUGAGUUCUUAAAUUUGUAUCUUUGGUUUUAAAGAAAAUCUUCAUCUGUAAAAUUUAUUAGCUUUUUGAAACGAGGUCCAAUUCCUAUUCUUGAAGACUCUGCAACAACUGGAUCCAGUUUCUACGGACUUUUGUUGGUGAUUCUAGUGAUUUUAAUUAGAUUGCAACUGCAGUUGUUAGUUUGGGAUUUAAUGUGGCAUUGUAACCAUGAAGAAUAAAUACACUCCUGUUUCAGACUCUGAGGAGUCCUUGAAAACGCUCACUGAUGAAAAGGCAGACACCCGUUCUUCAGAGGGUACGCCUCCUCCGUAUUCAGGUAAGAUUUAUUGAAAUAGAAAGGUAAUGGUGUUUGUUAUUGAGAGUUCUUACUGAGGAAUCCUAUUUUCAACUUGUCGACGAUUGUCAAUAAACAGGGCGAAUACCUUCAUUCUCUCGUAUACAACGAAAACUUCAGUUGCUAAUACAUUUAUUAGCUUCAAAAAAAUUUAUCGAUUUAGAAAUGGCUGACGGAUCCGCUCAGAAUUCCGCCGAAUUAUCCGAAAAUAAUAUUAGGUCUGACCCUUCGCCAAAUAAACAGCGGUGGAAAACACCUGUCAUAGGAACAGUGACCAUUAUAACUAUUAUAUAUAAUAUUGUAUUUAUAGCAAUAGUUUUUGGUUACAAGGUUUCUCCGUAUUCGAAAACUUUUUACGGGCUUGCUGGCAGCUCUAUUGGAUCUAUUUGUACUUCUCUCCUUGCAAUUCUUUAUAUCUAUCCCGAAUGGUACAGGCAAGCUGGGUUCAAUAUGUGUGCCGCAGCACUAUAUGUGUGUUUUCUCAAUGUCCCCGGUUUCGCCAUGUAUUAUACUGCAAAGAAGAUAAUGCAAUUUGAAAAGAUAAAUAAUCUUUUUCUCUACGCUGUUUGUUUUGUUGAUUUUGUCUUGUUUGUUUUUAUUUCGUUAAAUCCAAUUGCCCGUGAACGAUUUAGAUUAUUAGUCAUUAAUAUAGGAAACGGAAUAGGAAACGGCGUAAAUGGCAUAGGAAACGGUGUAAACGGCAUAGGAAACGGUGUAAAUGGCAUAGGAAACGGCAUAAGAAAUGUUGUGAAUCUUGCUUUUGGAACAAAUCGAGGAGACGAAGUACCUCAGAACGAAGAAAUCGAACUUCAACCUCUUGCUGAGCAAAGUGGUGAAGUUUGAAUUUUAACGAACCUGGUUUAUGUUUUUAUAAUUCGCAUUUUCUUUGGAAGGAUUCAUGUCAAUAUUGCAGUCCAUCGACUUUGCAUUCGCAUCAACAACCAAAGUAAGCACUGUCUUAAUAAGACGGUAUAAGUUGCUUUUCUCAUUCACUCUUCCAUGAAUCUUUUUAAUUCGUUAAGCAAUAUCGUUGUUUAUGCUUUGUGAAUAGAAUCGAACACCCUUUUUAAUGAUUAUUUAAUUACUCUAACGAAAAUUCUGCCGUGAUUAACUAUAGCUUCAACAGAGUGCCGUGUAAUCGUAUGUCUUUUAUAAAUUAGUCAAGGCCGGAAUAUUGCAAUGUCAUCAUACAGAAGAGUCUUUCACUACAAAAUGUAAGAACGUCCUUACUGGAUCACAACUGAACUUGUAGUAAUCUUACCGACUGGAACAAAUGUUUACGGUUAUACCUAGGCAAAAACAGCACACCAGUUCCCGCCCGAUCACUGCAGGAAGUGAAACUGUCUGAAGGCUCGUUAGUACUACGGUUGGAGACAACAUGGGGAUCCGGGAUGCUGUAGGCUCCCUUCUUAUUAGAAUUACUGUUACUUAAUUUUUUUUUUCUUCAGUAUCAUUCGCAGGAAAUCUUUUUCAAGAUAAUAUCAUCAGUAAAGCAAGGAAAACUUCUCUUGGAAGACGAUGAUUCAAUCAAAUGAUCACUUACUGUACUCUCCUUCUAGUAUCUCUUCUUCAGAAAUUAUACUAACAGCUAUUGUUAACUUCAGCCAGAGUUUCUGAGCUUGAAUCCUUUAUAGGUAUAUUCUUACCGCGAGCGUUGUUUUUAUUUUGUUUUUGUCAUUUAAGCGAAAAUAAAGAAAUAGCGGACUUUACGAACUGUAAGGUGAAUUUCCUCCAUAUCGUUUUCAUAGUCAAAAGAAGUUAAGAUAUAUGCAAAGGUUAUCUUUAAAUUCGGGUUGUUAAUUAGAGAAAGCCGUUAAGUGAAAGAGGUUUCGCAAGCGCCAUCUUCUUGUAUAGAAUAAUUCGCUACCAAUUUUUGAGAUAUUUGCUCGUUACACACAUUCAAUAUCACGGUAUUGCAAGGUAUAUGAUCACUUCCUAAGUUUUCCGGAAGAGGCUGAGAGCAAAUGCAAUUUUCAUAUCUACAAAUUACUCGUGUCUAAUAAUGCUAUAUUUUAACAUUUUCUAGAAUGUAGGCUGAUUUUCUUUGCUGGAUACCACAUAAAUACUGCUUAAAGGCAUGAAGAAGCCAUUGGAAUUAUGACAGUUAUUGUCAUGCCAAUUGAUACCUUUCUUGUUCAGAUCAAACUGAGUCUCAUCAAAAUCAAGGAGUCAUCCCUGAAGGAAAAAGAAGGAAUAAUGUAGAUAUUUUCACUUAUUUCAAAUCAAAGAAAUCAGUUUACUUUUGGUUCGUUGCUGUAACCAAAAGAUUUGAAAUAUCUCGUAUUUUGCUUGACUGUUAAUGAGGUAAAUAGCCUUAAGCAACGCCUCUGAUAAGAUAAUGGUUCUCAGAAUUCUCUCCACUGUUUGUUUAGUAGUACAUUAAGAACAUUUGUUAGGUGUUUUGAACGGAAAGUUUCCAUGAGCUAUUCUAAAUUUGCCUUAGGAAGAAAAGCUUGUUAAUCAGUAGUAUACGUGAAAGAGACGAGGGAACCAUUCACUGAUCUGAUGUUUGUAAAUCUACUGUUCAUUGUUCACGGUCCAUUUCCAACUAAAUAAUCUAAUUUUGAAACGUACGUCAGAAAACAAAGACGCACAUUACGAACUUGAUUGUCAACUUCCCUUGCCUUCAGUUGUCUUCAAGCUCAGCUGCAUUUAUGCAUGCUAUACAAUAUUGAGUCGAUCAGUCAGUCAAGCAGUAAAAAAGAAACAAGACUUACAGUAAUUCAUGAAAAAGGAAAACUA